UAACUCUUAUCUCUGUACGGGCAUGACGUACGCUCAUUGAGGUCGCAUAUUAUAUCAAUGGGGUGGCAUCGCACUCGUCAUUCAUUGUGAAGUAGUCUGCUGUCAAACAAGUUACUUCUUGACCAACAACGCUUCCAUUCGCUUGUGAAUAUCUGAAAUAUUCAAUCAGGAUUCUCCUCUAAAAUUCCAGAGAUCUUAUAGAAGAUGGAAAAGACAGUUCAGCGUGCAUUGAUCAUGGUUGUUCUCAUCGGGCUACUGUUAAGUGCCUGUGAGGGUAGACGGAAGCCCAAGGAGAAGGACCCAUCUCGCAGACGAGGAUGCCCGGAUGAUCUUGUCUACAAUAGCUGCGGGGCGUGUGAGGUCUUAACAUGUGGAAAACCAAUGCCCAGGUGCAAUCGCAUGUGCUAUCCAGGAUGCUUUUGCCCCGUCGGCCAGCGCCUUAUUUCCGAAGGCGGCAGCUUGUGCACGAAACAGUGCCCCGAUGCUCUCGACGCCAACAUCGCCGAGUAGCACGCGUGGUUCGAUGACCAGCACGGUGAUCUUCACUGUCGACUUCAACGCCCGCAUCGACGAAAUAAUAUUGUCGUCAUCAAGGAGUGCAAUGCAACGAAGAAGGACUUGUAGAUAAACAUAGUACUGCAUAUUUACAGCAUUAUAUCAUCACUUCGUAAUAAAUUAUGCACACUCCUGUAGUCAAUAUUACUAUUAUGCUCAAAGGCGUACUUACCAGAAAAAUUGAAUGGGGGGACAAAGAGUCAUGACAAACCUUAAACUCUUAUGUUACAAUUCUGAAGUAAUAUUGUACUCACCUUGCAUUCUAAACGCACUGUAAUGUUUUGGCAUCAUUGGGCAUACGAAGUACUAUUAUGCCUCGGAAUUAUAUACGUUCAUGUAAAUAUCACUUUCUUUAUUUAAGUUAUAUAAUCAGCAUGACUGUGCAUUAGUGUUUGGUCAUUUUUUGUGCAAUUCCACAGACUUACAGGUUGACCGUGGUUGAUUUCCAUUUUGUUAUUGCUCUUAUUUUGGGGGGCAUAAAUGGGAGUUCUUCAUUGGGUCAUUUGAAAACACAAACCACGAGGAGACGAUAACAGUCAUGUAUCAUAGUUUGUGUCUUUUAACCGACAAUACCAUAAACGCAGUAGUAUACACAGCAAGCAUAAUUAUCAUUUCCAACUUUGACGUGAAAAUGAUGCAAUAUUCUGGGAAAGUCAUUGUUUAAACAAUGUAUAGAUUUGUUUGAUUUUUAACAUCACAUUAGAGGCCUGUAAAAAAAUAAUUUCCGAUACCUCAUUAAUUGAGGAAAUAUUUUCUCAGACAUAAGUAUUAUUCUAGUUUUUGUGGGAUGUGUUAAAAGAUAUACAUUUAUUAUAUUUACGAUGAGCCCAGUGAUCUACCAUUGUGCCCGUGCAGUUUACUUUGGCAACUCGAUAUCAAUUCACCAUACACAUUGGUCUUUUGUCGUGUUCUAUUAGGGAGAAAGGAACUGCAAAACAAUCCAAAAAUACUCGAAGGACCGUGUAUUAUUAUUAUCUGGCCUCUGCACUAUUUAAAUUUAACCUUCACUUCAUUUUGUUAAUGUAGAUCAAACUGUCAUUGUUUGAUUUUUCGUUUUCGUCGUAAUCGCCCCAAAAUAAAUGAGCAACUUCCCGCUCAAUUUGGUGACACAAA